UAUCGAUUAUACCCAGAAAUGAACUUUGAAUAUUUUUGAUGAUUAUAUAAAAUUAAUGCAAUACUUUCAAUUUGUGGCAUCAUUAGUCGAUUCUAUUGAAUUAUUGUGUUUGUGGUUACUGGGUUACAGGUGUUCAAUUUCAUAUAGUAAAAAUUUCAAGUGAGAAAGAAAAAAAAAUUAUUCUCGACAUAUUCAGGGUGUUGAACCUAAAUCGAUUUUUGGAAGCGUGCACUGAUGCAAACCUGUGCAAACCCGGUAUCUGAGUUGAUCUGAGUGUUCACGAAUGUUUGGUAUAAAAUAAUUAAAGAAAGUAAAAUUUGACCAGUUAGAUUAUAAAAAUGAUAGACCUUCGCAAUGAGAGUACAACAAAUAAUACAAAAUAUGGUAAUUUAAACAUACCAGUUACGUCUCAACAAGGGUUAGCACCGCUUAGUCCUUAUUUAAACUUUGAUCCGGCAUACCUUCCUCCUAGCCAGCCAGAAUACAUAUUUCCAGAAGGUGCUGCAAAGCAAAGAGGUCGUUUUGAGUUGGCUUUCAGUCAAAUAGGUGCAGCAUGCAUAAUAGGAGCUGGUAUCGGUGGUGCAACUGGUUUAUAUAGAGGCAUUAAAGCAACAGCUUUAGCUGGUCAAACUGGCAAACUUAGAAGAACUCAAUUAAUUAAUCAUGUUAUGAAAAGUGGCUCUUCGUUAGCAAAUACGUUCGGAAUAGUAUCCGUAAUGUAUAGCGGGUUUGGCGUACUUUUAUCUUGGGCCAGAGGGACGGAUGAUUCCGUGAAUACUUUAGUAGCAGCAACAGGAACGGGCAUGUUAUUUAAAUCUACAACUGGUCUAAAAAAGUGUGCAUUAGGUGGUUGCAUAGGACUAGGAGUAGCAUCAUUGUAUUGUUUAUGGAAUAAUCGGGAAGCCUUAUUCGAAUUGAGACGUCGUAAUAUUAACCCAGCAUAGGAAUAUAUGAAAGUGAUGAAAUCAAUAGGAGAUUUCAAGGUAUUAGAAACUUACAACGAGUUCGAUUUGUUUUUGUUAUAUAGAAAAUCUCGUUGGAAAAUUCUCUAGAAUAAAGAAAAAAA